CGUCCAGCCUGCUGUUUAUCUGCGAGGAUCUUUAUGGACAGCAAACAAUCCAGAGCGAGGCUAAGUUUGGUUCUAACAGCAGAGCAUCAGAAAGCAUUCUGUCGGAUCGGCGCCAUGAUUCGUGGCUUCCUCAUACGCAGACUUCUCAAAACAGAGAAGGUGAAACAUCUGCGCCAAACCGUUGUGGAUACGCAAGAAUUCAUUCGAUCCUUUGAGACUGAAGCUGGACAGAAGAGAGGGACCUACACAGCACAAGAUCUCUCUCUGCAGGAGCGAGUCAGAGCCCAGUUACGUGCCGCCCUUUAUGACGUCCAUGAGAUCUUCUUUGAAAUGCCUUUGAGGGACCGAUUGGCGCUUCUGCAGCAGGACAGGGAGCUCCGCGCAGAGAGGAAGCUUCGAGAACUGGAGAAAGCCAAAUCCCCCAAAGACAGAAUAUCUCUGUCUGCUGCCACACAGAGGUCAAUGGACAGGAAGAAGAAGGCCGGCGAAUCCCCAGCACCGGUCAGAAAGGCGCAGCACAAGCCAAAAAGCCCCAUCACCAACAGAGUUCUGAAGCAAAGUCAGAACCAGACCUCCUCUUCUCCAGGCCAGCUGAAGCGCCAAGGGAGCUGGUACAGAAAGACUCCAGAAGAGAGAGUUAGGCGCUGGGACACCAUGAAGAAGCAGAACUCUUUGGGUUAACGGACACAUUAAUGCCUGAUCUGUAAACUUGAAUUUUUAAUCUUUUAAUACAAAUCUUGUACAAGUAAAAACCAUCACGGUCAGCGCUGCUAAUUUUCACUCCAGCCUGUGUGUUCACCAUCACACUGUAGCUUACUGGUAAAGUAUUGUAUUCGAUUUUUUAUUGUUGUUCCCUGCUGAAACUGUUCUUUUUUUUAUAUAAACACCUGAUUGUGUAACACGAAUGUAAUGCAUGUGGAGUAGUUUAAUAAGUGGGCUGGUGUAUAAUUGUGAAAGAGAGGCAGCUGCUCGCUGGCUGAAUGUAAGUCCGAGCCAAGAGACAACAAGUUAGUGCCUGAGAACUCCACCUUGCUGCCAGCAUGUCUGUUCUCUGUGUAUCUGCUGUGACUGCAGACACUAAGUGCUUGUGGGGGUAAGAAUAAAAUAUAAAAAUGAGUCUUGAUAAUGUACUUUUCUUAGUAUUACAGUACACAGUUCAUUGCAAAUAUA